AUGGCGGCGCGGACGCAGCUGGGAGACAUUCAACUAAACCCUGCGUCGUCAAGAUCCUUUUGGGGAGAACGCGUCUCUGGCCACGUCUGCACCUCUGCUCUCUCUGUGCACUGCUACAUUUUGGGGAUAAUGGAGCCUCUCAGUCCUGGUGCAGAUCUCGGCCCUGAUCUGAACUCUCUGUGUCGCUCUGAGGAAGAAUCUGAAAGGAAGACGAUGAACAAACCUGGAUCUAAAACCAAAACAAAAUCUAGACCGGCUUCUAUUCCCAGCUGUGAGUCUCUGAAGAGCAACGAGCCCAAAGAGGCGAUAAUCGACUCUAAAAGGAAACUGGACAAAUCUGGAUCUCAAACCAGACCUGGUCCCAGCUGCGAGUCUCUGAAGAGCGACAGGUCCAAACAUCCAAUACUCAACUUUAAAAGGAGGACAAUGGUCAAACCUGGAUCUGAAACCAAAAGAAAGUCCAGUUCUGGACCUGAUCCUGGUCCCAGCUGUGAGUCUCUGAAGAGCGACUGGUCCAAAGUGUUGCCAAUCGACUUUAAAAGGGACUCGAACCCUCACCCUGCUCUGAGCUGUGGCUCCAGCCUCAGUGACAGCUCUAAAGACUGGCUCGUAGAGUUUAAGAACAGUCCACCUGAGAACAUGGGAGCGGAGAGCAGCACGGAUCAACUCGGUAUAGACCCGCUGCUCCCAGUCUUCACGCGGCUGCAGGAGAAGGUCCUGGGCUUUGCCAAAGAGCAGGUGCAGAGCUUCCACCGGGCCCUGAACUCAGAUUACCCAGAAUGCUCAGAGAGAGUGGUGGAGGAGCAGCUCAUCAGAGAGGCCCUCCUGACCAUCGCACUGCACUUCCUGGAGAGGAUGGGGGAGGGGCGAGUGGCCGAGCGUCUGUUCAGCCAGAGUGCGGCUGGAGUUUGCAGAGAUCAACUGCAGCAGCGUCUGCAGCACAAGCUCAGCCUUGUGUCUGAGGGCGUGGCUAAAGCCGGAAGCCUCGCCCCUCUGAAGCAGGUCUACACUGAGCUGUACAUCACAGAGGGAGGGGCCGCGGGGGUCAACCAGGAGCAUGAAGGUCUGCUGCCUGUAAUGAAAGCCUCCAGAAAAGUCACUCUGUCCAGCCGUGACCUGAGAGUCUCUGAUCUGACCUCAGUCGUCAGCUCCUCUGCUCUGAAACAUCUGGACCUCAGUCACUGCUGGCUCACAGACUCUAAUGUGGAGCAGCUGUGUUCUGGACUGAAGAGCGCCACCUGCAGACUGGAGGUCCUCAGUCUGUCCUUCUGUCGUUGGUCUCAUCUCUGCUGUGAGUCUCUGGCCUCGGUCCUCGGCUCCUCUGCUCUGAAACACCUGGACCUCAGUAACAAUGACCUCACAGACUCAGGAGUGGAGCAGCUGUGUUCUGGACUGAAGAGCGCCACCUGCAGACUGGAGGUCCUCAGACUCUCAGGAUGUGUGGUCUCUGAGAGGGGCGGAGCUGCUCUGGCCUCUGCUCUAAGCUCCGCCCACUCUCAUCUGACAGAGUUAGACCUGAGCUACAACCAUCCAGGAGCCUCAGCAGAGGUCCUGACCGCUGUACGGGACCACCCCCACUACCCCCUGCACACACUCAGGCUGGACCCGGCUGGAGAGAGGUGGAUGGUCACAGGUCCAAGGAAGUACUUCUGUGACGUCUCUCUGGAUCCAAACACGGCCAAUAACACUCUGCAGCUGAGUGAGGACAGAAGGACAGUGACCAGAGUGGAGGCGCUGCAGCUGUACCCCUCUCACCAGGACCGCUUCAGCUCCUGCCCACAGCUGCUGAGCUCCACCGCCCUCACAGGACGCUCUUACUUUGAGGUGGAGUGUAGCGGAGAUGUAGCUAUAGCACUGAGUCACAGAGGAAUCGGACGCAGAGGAGACCUGGACCAGUGUCGCUUUGGGGACAAUGAUCAGUCCUGGAGUCUGAGGAUGGAAGGAGACUGGAGCUAUUUUUAUCAUUGUAAAAGGAAAACACAAGUGGACUACUACUACAAACAAAGAGUAGGUGUUUUCCUGGACUCUGAGGCUGGAGUUCUGUCUUUCUCUGAUGUUUAUGAUGAUGAUAAAUCCUGGUGCCCCCUCCACUCCGUCAGCGUCUCCGUCUCAGAGCCGCUGUUUGUUGGGUUCAGUCUGGAGCGUCCUGGUUCCUCUGUGUCUCUGAUGAACUUUGACGAUGAAGAUGACUUUGACGAUGACGAUGAAGAUGAUUGA